AAUGUCCUCUUGAAAAUUUUCAAUUGUCUAUUGACACGACCAAUACACAAAAGCACAGCCACAAAGGCAGCAUCAUCAGAGAGCAACAAUGGAAGAAGAAAAAGAAGACCAAAAGCUCCUGACAUACCCCCACUACUGGGGCUUCACCCCAGAAGAGGACUACUACAAACAACAAGGAAUCACAUCCACAAGCUCCUUCUUCACCACUCCCCAAGGCCUGAAACUCUUCACAAGAUCCUGGCUCCCAAACCCUAACACUCCUCCCCGUGCCCUAAUCUUCAUGGUUCACGGCUACGGCAACGACAUCUCCUGGACCUUCCAAUCAACCCCUAUCUUCCUCGCCCAAAACUCCUUCUCAUGCUUCGCCCUAGACCUCCAGGGCCACGGCCACUCCCAGGGCCUCAAAGCCUACGUCCCUAACGUACACCUCGCCGCACACGAUUGCCUCUCCUUCUUCAAUUCCAUCAGAACCCAAAACCCUAACCUCCCUUCCUUCCUUUACGGCGAGUCCAUGGGCGCCGCAAUCUCCCUCCUCAUCCACCUCGUCAACUCCGAAACGGAACCCAAAUCUCAACCCUUCCAAGGUGCCGUUUUGGUGGCCCCCAUGUGCAAAAUCUCCGACAACGUGCGACCCAAAUGGCCAAUCCCGCAAAUCCUCACUUUCCUAUCAAGAUUCUUCCCCACUCUCCCCAUUGUUCCCACUCCCGAUCUUCUCUACAAGUCCGUCAAAGUUGACCACAAAAAAGUCAUCGCCGACAUGAACCCUUUGCGUUACCGCGGGAAGCCCAGGUUGGGGACUGUGGUGGAGCUUCUUAGAGUCACAGAUUUGCUGAGUCGGAGGCUCUGUGAUGUGAGUCUUCCGUUUAUUGUGCUUCAUGGAAGUGCUGAUGUUGUUACUGACCCUAAUGUGAGUAGAGAGCUUUACCGUGAGGCGAGGAGUGACGAUAAGACGAUUAAGGUUUAUGAGGAGAUGAUGCAUUCGUUGCUGUUUGGGGAAACUGAUGAGAAUGUUGAGAUUGUUAGGAACGAUAUCUUGGAGUGGUUGGUUGCUAGGUGUAAGUAACAAAGGAGGAAACAAAACAAACCAGAGUUGUUGAAUAGUGAAUGAAGGAUUGUUUGUUUGAUUGUUACUCCAUUUGGUUUGGUCAUUGGGUGAAUGUGAUUUUGCUUUUGAUGAAAUUUCGUUAAUAACGAUGAAUGGUCUGUAUAUUGUUGUUUAUUUAUGAAAGAAAAAAAUGUUACUUUUAAACAGACAUGAGGUCUUUUUUGUACAGAA